UCCGUACCUACCCCGUUUCAAGAACUGUCCCGGCAGGAUCGGCUUUCACUAGAAAUUUGAGGACUUAACUCUGGAAUUUGAGUUUGAACCCAAGGCUUUUCUUUGUGGGCCUGCUGCGCUGCGCCCCAGUGAAAGUGCUGACUCCUAACCACUGGACCACCAGGGAACUCCCAGUGUAUGACAGGUUUUCAUAGUAACCACUAAGCCCAGCCUCAGGUUCCGAAUAAACUGAAUUCCUCUGCUUGUACGGAACUGGCCGGCCUUUCAAGAUGGCGGCUCCCACUGAGACACAGCGCUUGGGAGCGGCCAUAUUGCCUCCUGAACAAAGCCGCUCAGGGUGUGGAGCGGCCAAAAUGCCCGAUUUAUUUUGACAAAGCCUGGGAUACCCUAUAUGAAACAGUCUUCCUAUCAUGAGAGGACUCACUUCCUCUAAAUGAGUUCAGCCCAUGUCUGCAUGACCCAUCCUGGGACUGAGAAGAUUACCAGGGUGGCCUGUUAUCCACGUGACUUUUGGUGGUAGUGUUUCUAGACUGGUGAAUGUCAGUUCUGGCUCCAGGAGGCUCCAUUCUAUCUCCUAGUCCUGAUUCCUCAGACCUUUUCCCUUUUGGAAGAGAAGCAGAAGAUGACCAAGUCUCAGGGUCCAGUGUCAUUCGAGGAUGUGGCUAUAGAUUUCACCCAGGAGGAGUGGCAGCAACUGGACCCUGCUCAGAGGACCCUGUACAGGGAUGUAAUGCUGGAGAACUACAGCCACCUGGUCUCAGUGGGGUAUCCAGUUUCCAAACCAGGUGUCAUAUCUAAGUUGGAACAAGGAGAAGAGCCAUGGAUUAUGAAGAGAGACAUAUCAAAUUGGAUCUAUCCAGACAGGGAGACUAGACUUGACACACAUCAAUUGGAUACACUUGGAGAUGUUUACUUUCAUAAGGACAUACUGGAAAGUGUCACAAGGGAUCAUUCAUUGUACUCCAUUUUAAAGGUCUGGCAAGGCGACCAGCUGGAGAGAGAUCAGGAAAAUCAAGACAGACUUCUCAGGCAAGUCACAAUCAUCAACAACAAAACAGUUAUUGAAGAGUCAAACUAUACAUAUAAUGCAUUUGGAAAAAUAUUUCAUAACUGCACAGACCUAGAUACUUCAAGACAAAGACUGUAUAAGUGUGAUUCAUUUGAAAAGAGCUUGGAACCUACUGUAAACCUGUUCAGUUGUAAUAGGGGUUAUGCAAGAAAAAACACAGAUGAGAAUUUUGGAUGUGGGAGAACACCUAGUUCUUCCUAUUCUAAGCAUGAAAAAAUUCAUAAUAGAGUGAAACACUGUGCAGGUAGUCAGUAUGGAAAAAUCAUCAGCGAUAAACAAUCUCUUAUUCAAUAUGUGAAUGUUGAAACUGGGGAGAAGAUCUGUGUAUGUAUUGAAUGUGGAAAAUCUUUUCUCAAGAAGUCACAGCUCAUUAUACAUCAAAGAAUUCAUACUGGAGAGAAACCUUAUGGUUGUAGUGCUUGUGGGAAAGCCUUCAGUGAGAAAUCACAUCUCAUCGUACAUCAGAGGACACAUACCGGGGAGAAACCUUACGAAUGUUCUGAAUGUGGAAAAGCCUUCUCUCAAAAAUCAUCCCUCAUUAUCCAUCAGAGAGUUCAUUCUGGUGAAAAACCAUAUGAAUGUAGUGACUGUGGGAAAGCCUUCUCCCAGAAAUCACCCCUCAUUAUACAUCAGAGAAUACAUACUGGUGAAAAGCCAUAUAAAUGUAAUCAGUGUAGGAAGGCCUUCUCCCAGAAGUCACAACUGAUUAUACAUCAUAGAGCUCAUACUGGAGAGAAGCCCUAUGAGUGUACUGAAUGUGGAAAAGCCUUCUGUGAGAAGUCCCACCUCAUCAUACAUAAAAGGAUUCACACAGGGGAGAAACCCUACAAAUGUGCUCAGUGUGAGGAAGCCUUCAGCAGAAAGUCAGAACUCAUUAUACAUCAGAUAAUUCAUACUGGGGAGAAACCUUACGAAUGUACUGCAUGUGGGAAGACCUUCUCCCGGAAGUCACAGCUCAUUAUACAUCAGAGAACGCAUACUGGAGAAAAGCCCUAUAAAUGCAGUGAAUGUGGAAAAGCCUUCUGUCAGCAGUCACAUCUCAUUGGACAUCAGAGGAUUCACACAGGAGAAAAACCUUAUGUUUGUACUGAAUGUGGGAAAGCUUUCUCUCAAAAGUCUCACCUCCCAGGACAUCAGCGGAUUCAUACAGGAGAGAAACCUUUUAUAUGUGUUGAAUGUGGAAAAGCCUUUUCCCAGAAGUCAGACCUUGUUGUACAUCAGAGAAUUCAUACUGGGGAGAAACCUUAUCAAUGUGCUGUAUGUGGAAAAGCCUUCAUCCAGAAAUCACAACUCACUGUACAUCAGAGAAUUCAUAUAGUGGAGAAAACCUGUGUAUGUAUUACAUGUGGAAAAGCCUUUGCUAAGAAGUCACAGCUCAUUGUACAUCAACGAAUUCAUACUGGGAAGAAACCAUACAAUUGUGGUGCAUGUGGGAAAGCUUUCAGUGAGAAGUUUCACCUUAUUGUACAUCAAAGAAUUCAUACUGGGGAGAAACCUUAUGAAUGUUCUGAAUGUGGAAAAGCCUUCUCUCAAAAAUCAUCCCUCAUUAUCCAUCAAAGAGUUCAUACUGGGGAAAAACCAUAUGAAUGUAGUGACUGUGGAAAAGCCUUCUCCCAGAAAUCACCCCUCAUUAUACAUCAGAGAAUUCACACUGGAGAAAAACCUUAUGAAUGUAGAGAGUGUGGUAAGGCCUUCUCCCAGAAGUCACAGCUGAUUAUACAUCAUAGAGCUCAUACUGGAGAGAAGCCCUAUGAGUGUACUGAAUGUGGAAAAGCCUUCUGUGAGAAGUCCCACCUCAUCAUACAUAAAAGGAUUCACACUGGAGAGAAACCCUACAAAUGUGCUCAAUGUGAGGAAGCCUUCAGCAGGAAGACAGAACUCAUUACACACCAGUUAAUUCAUACUGGGGAGAAACCUUACGAAUGUACUGCAUGUGGGAAGACCUUCUCCCGGAAGUCACAGCUCAUUAUACAUCAGAGAACGCAUACUGGAGAAAAGCCCUAUAAAUGCAGUGAAUGUGGAAAAGCCUUCUGUCAGAAAUCACAUCUCAUUGGACAUCAGAGGAUUCACACAGGAGAAAAACCUUAUGUUUGUACUGAAUGUGGAAAAGCCUUCUCUCAAAAGUCUCACCUCCCAGGGCAUCAGCGGAUUCAUACAGGAGAGAAACCUUAUAUAUGUGCUGAAUGUGGAAAGGCAUUUUCUCAGAAAUCAGACCUUGUUUUACAUCAGAGAAUUCAUACAGGGGAAAGACCUUACCAGUGUGCUGUAUGUGGGAAAGCCUUCAUCCAGAAAUCACAACUCACUGUACAUCAGAGAAUUCACAGCAGUGGUAAAAUCAUAAUAAACUAAAAACACAGACAAGCUUUCAGUAUUAGCUCAAGCCUUAAUAAACAACAGAAACGUGAUUAAUUUGAUAAAUUUGUGGACAACAUCUUUAUAGAGAAAAUUUUACAAGAGAAUUCAUGUCUGUAGUGUGGUGAUACCUAACUCAGCAAAGAUGAUGGGAAAUAAUUACAUAAAUGAAGGACAUUUCACCAUGGCAUGUAAAGCUUUUAAAGUCAUGAACUGAAUGGUCAGUAGAACAAAUUAUGUAUAUAGAAUAUUGUCAAAUUACAUAUUCCUUAUUAUACCAUAACAAUAAACACAUUGUGAAAUUGCUAAUAUUAGCUUGCCAUUAUUUUGGCCAUGUACAGUAAUUCCCUAUAAAGGACAUGAAGAAAACUUGAGUUAAAAAAAUCAAUUCCUAGAAACUGUAUUAAUAAGGAGGGGCUUGGGAGUUCCUUGGUGGUAGGACUUGGUGCUUUCACUGCUGUGGCCCAGGUUCAAUCCCUGGUCAGGGAACUAAGAUCCUGCAAGCUGUGCAGAGCAGUCAAAAAAAAAAAAAAAAAAGGGUGGGGGGUUGCUUAACAUGAUCCCUAAAUAUACAUGUAAAAUUCUUAUACAAAGAUGGAAAGAUAGGUUGAUCAGAUUCAGUAAAGGUGAUAAUUGUACAUUUUCCCAUCUCAAGCAUAUAAGUUGAUCUGUAUCUCUGGAAGGACCCUGGACCUUGAAAUUGAUGCUUCUUGACCAAAUCUCCUCUUUACUCUCUCUUACUGGGAAUUUGGUAUAGUGGAAAGACUUUGGUACUGAACCAGAUGGUUUGGGUUUUAAUCCUGGCUCAACUACUCAAAAGAUUGUGUGACUUCAGGCAAGCCUACUUUACCCAUCUGAAUAUUUUUUCUUAUUGGUAAAUAAAUGUACAGUGUAGAGCACACUUUCA